CCGCCCCGCUCUCGGCGAGCGGCAGCGCUGCCUGGCUCCGCGGCCGGCGCUCGACGCGCGCUGCCUGGCGCCGCCCGGGCCGCCGCCGCCAUGGCCACGGAGGACGAGAUCAUCCGCAUCGCCAAGAAGAUGGACAAGAUGGUGCAGAAGAAGAACGCGGCUGGAGCUCUUGAUUUGUUGAAGGAGCUUAAGAAUAUUCCCAUGACCCUUGAGUUACUACAGUCUACCAGAAUUGGGAUGUCAGUGAAUGCAAUACGCAAGCAAAGCACAGAUGAAGAGGUUACAUCUUUAGCAAAAUCUCUUAUCAAGUCUUGGAAGAAGCUGUUAGAUGGACCUUCAACUGAUAAAGAUUCUGAAGAAAAGAAAAAGGAGCCUGCAUCUUCCUCACAAAACAGUCCUGAAGCCAGAGAAGAAAGCAGUUCAAGUAGCAAUUCCAGCAGCAGGAAGGAGGAGGGUAGUGCUCCCUCAAAUUCUUUCAUCCCAUCUUUUCCCCGGGCUCCAAGCACUUCAGACUCUGUGCGAGUGAAAUGUAGAGAAAUGCUCUCUGCAGCUCUCAGAACAGGAGAUGACUAUAUUGCUAUUGGUGCUGAUGAAGAGGAGCUGGGUUCUCAGAUUGAAGAAGCUAUUUUUCAAGAAUUAAAAAACACUGAUAUGAAAUACAAAAAUAGGGUACGAAGUAGGAUAGCGAAUCUCAAGGAUGCAAAGAACCCUAACCUAAGGAAAAAUGUAUUAUGUGGAAACAUUCCUCCUGACAAGUUUGCCAAAAUGACAGCAGAGGAAAUGGCAAGUGAUGAGCUGAAAGAAAUGCGCAAAAAUCUGACCAAAGAAGCUAUCAGAGAGCACCAGAUGGCUAAAACAGGAGGUACCCAAACUGAUCUGUUUACAUGUGGCAAGUGCAAAAAGAAGAACUGUACAUACACACAGGUUCAAACCCGCAGUGCUGAUGAACCCAUGACAACGUUUGUUGUCUGUAAUGAAUGUGGAAACAGAUGGAAGUUCUGUUAGAAGAAGAAAUUGUCAAGACAUCUGGACCAGUAUGAACGAGGAUUUUGUAAUUAGCUUUAAAAACUAGGCCAAGCAUCUAGCUUUCUGCAAAUGAGAGGGUUUUUUUUGUUUUCCUUUUUAUUUCAAAGCAGCAUACAUGCCUCAAGUUAGCCUUUGUUUUGACACAACCAUCAUUUCCUUAAAUGCCUUCCUAUAGCUGGUAGUCAGUAGGGCCAGAUUGCUCAAUUGUAUGGUGAAUUUUAAAAUAUUUUUUCAUUUUUAUAAGUAAGUUGACAUUAAACUUUUACCAGUUAAACAUUUUGGUAAUUGUCUUGUUUUUUUCUAACUCUGUGAAUAAUGUUCUGUAUUUUUUGUGGUCUGAAAUAUACACUCUCCUUCUUUGUGUAUUUUGCCUCUCCACAUUUCCUUAGUUGUAAGAAUGAAAUUUGUUUCUGCUCUGUUCAUUUUGCUUUGCAAGCAGAAAAAGUAUAUAAUUUCCUCAUAACAUUAAACUCAGUUGUUAACUAAAACACAAUUUAAUUAACUCUAGUUUGUAUGUGCUCUUUCUGGACUAGGACUAAGUUUGCAGUCAUGGGGUUUGAAUAUUUAUUAGUGGAUAUGAUGACCUCUUUUGCAAUGGUUGGUUAAGCUUGUUUAUGUAACCAGCUUUGAUCAAUGCAAUAUAUUUUAUUGCCCAAAGCAUGUAUUUUACAUUCUAUCAGUAGGCAUUAUUUCUAAGAAUGUCUUAAAAUAGUGGUUAAAUCUGAUUUGAGUGUUCAGUCUUGCUUAAUGUGCUUGACAACCAGCUUGGGUUUAGACUUUGUAAAUAAGCAAAGGCAUUGUGUUGUAGGCUAUCCUAAUAACACCAGCUAACCAAUUCAUUACAUUAAACUGGCUGGGGAGGUAAUGCUAUACUCCCUUCAUUUAAAUGCCAUUGAUUUUGUUCAUGAAAUGAUUUUUGAGAUGUAGGGUAUCCGAUGUCAAUCAUAGACCUGCAAGUGGGAAUAAAUUAUUAAAGUUAUAAUCUUUUCCAUAUGAAAAAUUAUGUAAAUGCUGCUUUUUUAGAGUUUGCUUUUUAACAGUGCAUGUUUAGAAAUAUUUGCAAAUGUGUUUUCAAGGAAAAAUAUGUCAACAUCUUUAGAAGAGAUUAAAUUCUUUCAUGAUAUCUAA